AUGGGAAACCAAACCACAGUGACAGAGUUCUUUCUUGUAGGAUUGACAAAUGACCCCGAGAUCCAAGUUAUUCUUUUUGUUUUUCUACUACUAACGUAUCUUUUAAGUGUCUUUGGAAAUCUGACCAUCAUUAUUCUCACCCUGCUGGAUUCCCACCUUCAGACUCCCAUGUAUUUCUUCCUCCGGAACUUCUCCUUUUUGGAAAUUUCCUUUACAACUGUCUUUGUUCCCAAAAUGCUAGUGAAUAUAGGAACUGGGAACAAAACUAUUUCCUUUGUUGGAUGUUUUACUCAAUAUUUUUUUGCCAUUUUAUUGGGAGCAACAGAAUUUUAUCUUUUGGCUGCCAUGUCCUAUGAUCGUUAUGUGGCCAUCUGCAAGCCCUUGCAUUAUACAAUGGUGAUGAACAAGAGGCUUUGUCUCCAACUGGUCCUUAGCUCCUGGAUCUCUGGUUUCAUGGUUGUUAUUGGACCGCAUAUCAUGACCACAAUGUUGCCAUUUUGUGCAUCUAACAUCAUCAACCAUUACUGUUGUGACUAUACCAUAUUGCUCCAGUUGACCUGUGCAGACACAUACUUCAUAGAGAUGAUUGAAUUUGUCUUGGCUGUGGUGACUCUUCUUUUUACAUUACUACUGGUAAUGAUCUCCUAUGCAUAUAUCAUGAGGACAAUUAUGAAAAUCCCUUCUGCUCAGAAAAGGAAAAAGGCCUUUUCUACCUGCUCUUCUCAUAUGAUAGUUGUCUCUCUCUCCUAUGGUAGCUGCAUCUUCAUGUAUGUUAACCCAUCUUUGAAAGAAGCAGCAACUUUUAAUAAAGGAGUAGCUGUGCUGAAUACCUCAGUUGCUCCUUUGUUAAAUCCUUUCAUUUAUACUCUAAGGAACCAGCAAGUAAAAAGAGCUUUCACAGAUAUGGUCAGAAGAAUGAAGUUUUUCUCAAUAAAGUGA